AUGUUUGAACAUUACAGGUCGAUUGUCAUUUCAAACAACAUUCAGCUUCUGUCUAAAGAGACCACCUUGGACUUUAACCCAGAGGAUGUCCGAAAUAUCCGUAAACUUAGCAAGAAGAAGGAC